UUUAACAAGCAAAAUCAUCUAUACUCUAUACUAUUAAGUCAGUCACACGUUUCUCACCAACAAGAAGAGAGUAAUCAGACUGCAGAGAUGGCAUCCGUGACCAUGACUGCCUCAUUCCUAGCAGCCUCAACUGCGACCAAGCAUCCUUCCGCUUCUGUUCGCCGGAGCCUCAUUGUUGCCAAGGCUGUAAGAGCCACAGAAGCAGAGAAAACCAACUUGGAAUUCAAGCAGCACAGCGAGGAAGAGAGCAGCAGUGGGAGAAGGGACCUGGUCUUUGCAGCAGCAGCAGCCGCUGCAGCAUUCUCUGUUGCAAAGAUUGCCAUUGCUGAAGUCGAGCCAAAGAGAGGGACCCCAGAAGCCAAGAAGAAGUAUGGACCCGUCUGUGUCACGAUGCCUACUGCACGUAUCUGUCGCAAUUGAGGGAGGGGAUUUGAUUUUCUUGAGUUUAUUGUUUGUGGUUGGUCCGAGGGAAAUGUAAAAGAUGUAACUCUAUGCAUAUCUGUAUGAUCCUUUUCAAUGGAAGAAACUCAUGUUCAUUUUAA